AUGCUUCUGCAGAGCACAGUGCGUGCGCUGGGCGUGCGGGGGGCGGCGCCCGUGUGCGUGUCCGCCCGUCAUCGGAGCACCGCCGCCGCGACGCCCCUCGACGCCACCGCUGCCGCCGACGCCGCUGCCGCUCGCUCGGCCGAGUGGGAACGCGCCAAGCCCUACCACGCCAUCCCGGGCCCCAAGCCCUUCCCGCUGCUCGGCAACCUCCCGCUCUUCCUCCCGGGAAUAGGGAAAUAUGGAAAAGUAGAUAUGUUGGACGCACAUAACCUCAUUCGCAAAGAAUAUGGUGAUAUGGUUCGAGUCAGCAAUAUGGUGGUACGCAGAGACAUGAUAUUCGUCUUUGAUCCUGAAAUAGCAGAAAAGGUUUUCCGAAACGAAGGAGUGUGGCCUAUUCGUGAAGGUCUGGAGUCUAUGAAAUACUACCGUUCGGUUCUUCGAAAGGACAAAUACGAAGGUGCACACGGACUAGUCACAUCACAAGGUAAAGAAUGGCAUGACUUUCGUUCCAAAGUAAAUCAACCAAUGAUGCAACCGAAAUCGGCGAAUCGAUAUUCAAGUGCUGUCAACGAUGUAGCCGAGGAUUUCAUCAACAGAAUGCGUGAACUACGAGACGAAAACAAAGAGCUACCGGCAGAUUUUAUCCACGAACUUUACAAGUGGGCACUGGAAUCGAUCGCGCUCGUGGCGCUGGACACGCGCCUGGGCUGCCUGCGGCACGAUCUGCCGCCCGGCUCCGGCCCGCGGCGCCUCAUCGACGCCGUGCAGGUCAUGUUCGAGGGCUUCUACAAGCUGGACCUGCGGCCGUCGCUGUGGCGCCUCGUCAGCACGCCCAUGUGGCGGCGCAUGGUGGCCGCCUUCGACUGCCUUAACGAUGUAUCCGAAAAGUACAUCAACGAGGCAAUCGCCAAGAACACCUCCAGCACAGACAGGGAGCCCAGCAUUUUAGCCCGAGUGAUGGAAAAAGACCCGAAGGUUGCCAAAGUCAUGGCUGUCGACAUGCUCACCGCUGGAGUAGAUACAACGUCACAUAUGACCGCUUCCUUGCUGUUUCAUCUGGCGAAGAACCAACAAGUGCAGCAAAGAGCAGCAGAAGAGGUCCUUCAGGCACUACCGUCUGUACAUGACCCUGUCACCUCUGAAACCAUAGCUCGGCUUCCGUACUUGAGGGCAUGCUUUAAAGAGUCGUUACGAAUUUUCCCCAUCACUAUUGGUAACAUCAGAGAGACUCCCGAAGAUAUGGUUCUCAAUGACUAUCAAGUUCCUAAAGGGAUUCUGCGCAGCUUUCAGGUGGAGUAUCAUUAUGGUGAUGAGAUUAGUUUUACAGCACGCACCAUCAACACUAUCACUUCUCCACUUAAGUUUCGUUUAAUUGAUCGCAUUUAA